AAUCAAAAAUAUAAAAAUCAAACAGUAAACAUAAUUUAGAUAUUGCUUAAUAUUUUACUUAUUUUCUUAAGUUAAUCUUCUCACUACGCAAACGUAAACAUUUAUCAUGAGUUUGAGACCCGACGACCAUCGACGGAAGUGGGAUAAAGAUGAAUUCGAAAGAAUUGCUGCAGAAAGAUUAAAAGCGGAAAUAGAAGAAGAAGAGAGGUCCAAGAAGAAAGCUCCACCAAUCAAAAGGGAACUAUUGAAACAACGUGAUUAUAAAGUCGAUUUAGAUUCGAAACUAGGGAAAAGUGUUGUAAUUACUAAAAAUACACCUACUUCACAAUCAGGAGGCUAUUAUUGCAAUGUUUGUGAUUGCGUUGUCAAAGACUCUAUCAACUUUUUGGAUCAUAUCAAUGGAAAAAAACAUCAAAGAAAUCUUGGCAUGUCCAUGAAAAUUGAAAGGAGUUCUUUAGAUCAGGUAAAAGCAAGGUUUGCUUCAAAUAAACGUAAACUAGAAGAGAAGAAACACGAAUAUGAGCUUGACACUAGACUUAAAGAAGCAGCAGAGGAAGAAGCAAGGUUAAAGGAACUACGUCGUGAACGACGUCGGGAUAAAAAACGCAAGCUUCAAGAAACCGAAGACCCUGAGGAUGGGCCUGCUCAGUCAGAACUUGCUCAAAUUAUGGGCUUCUCUGGGUUUGGAGCAUCAAAAAAAUAAUAUUAAGUUUAUUGAUAGGACACUUCAGGAAGGAUUUCAAAUAAAUAGUCUUUGCGCUUGGUGAACAUUAUCAUUACGAUAUAAAUCAAAAUAAUUAAAUUUUGCUCCCAAAUGUAUGUACAGUCACCUAUAAUACAUACACCUAAUGUCCCUGCCAAUCAGAUACAUAAAAUAACAACUUUGUUCAAUAUACAAUAAGAGGUAAUGUAUUAAAAAUAAAGGCAUAUAUUUUUUCAUAUUACAUAGAAAUAAGAACUAAGACUAGAAGAUAAAUUUCAAAACAAUAAAUCAUCAAUACUUUC